UCACUCACCAGUUUAUUUAUUCAGUUUAACUCCAAAAUGAUGGUUAAAACACCGCCUUUAGGAAAGUUCAAUGUCAGUCAAAUGCUCCUGCAAAACUUCCUGGUUACGCUACGGAUCAACAGAAGGGACAAUUUUUCGCAACGCGUUUUAUAUAUUCACAAUAUAUAAUAUAUUGUGAUUGUCUUUUCUAUGCAAAUUAAGGAAAAUAAGGAAGCGACUGCUGUAAUCUCCGAGAUGAGCUGGGGAAUUAUUUUAAAGACGUACAAAAAUGGAGGCGUCCAGCAGUAACAUGAGUCUAGUGACAGCUGAAGAGAAAAAGGAUCCCGGUGCAGCUCCAUGUGGAAAUUUUAUAAAUUAUUAUACGUUUAAUCCGCCAGAGAAUCGUCUGAGUUUGAUCCCGAACACACUGCUGGAGGAUGUCGGAUAUCAUCCAGACAGAGAAUCAGUGCUGAUGCUCGAUGUGGGAUGUAACUCGGGGGACUUAUCUAUUGCCCUGUACAAACAUGUUCUUCAAGACCAGCCACCUGGAAGUGACCGUUCUAAAAGGAUUCACAUACUUGGAUUUGACCUGGACCAGAACUUAAUCCUACGUGCUCAAAACUCUAACCCAUUCCCCCAAAACAUUCAGUUCAUUCCACUUGAUAUCACCAGUGAGGACAGCCACACUAAACUUGCUUCCUAUCUGGAGAAGUUUGGCCUCAGUCGCUUUCACCUGUGUUGCUGUUUUUCUGUAACAAUGUGGGUUCACCUGAACCACGGAGAUGCUGCGUUAUUAGCUUUCCUCUCAAGGAUUGCCUCGGUCUGCGAGUGCCUGUUACUUGAGGCACAGCCAUGGAAAUGUUACCGCUCUGCUGCUCGACGGUUACGGAAGCUCGGGCGCAGUGACUUUGACCACUUUAAGACUCUGGAGAUCCGUGGGGACAUGGCAGCUCAUGCUAAAGAGCAUUUAGAAAAGCAGUGUGGAAUGGAGCUGGUUCAGAGUUUCGGUAGUACAUUGUGGGACCGGAGCCUUUUAUUGUUCAAGAGACGAUGAUGCAAUGAAGAGUAACCUGUGAACAUUGUAGAUUAAUUUUAAAUGAAAAGUUAAGGCAUAAAUGUAAAACUCUUCAAAACUUCUUUCUUUCCCGAGACACUUUGAUACUAUAUACUUGUACCUGCUGUAAUUAUAAAUACGUUUUGUGCUCA